AUGUCAAAUAAACCUCCUGCUACAGCUUAUCCUCAUAAGCGACAGAAAUCUUCUUUACUGAAUGCUGGUUAUUAUUUUUCUGAUUCAACAACUUCAACCACUCCCCAACAAUCAAAUAAUCAAAAUCCUCCUCCUCAUACUGUUCCAAAUACUCAUACCCAACAUUCAAACGCUUCUCCAACCAUUGAUGAAUCAAUCUAUGAUAACGAGGACCCAUAUAACCCUUUAAAUUAUAGUUUCCCACCCAACCAAAACUCUUCUCAACAACAACUGCAACAUGAACAACAAACUCUGCAACCACAAUCAAAUCAACAAGCCCCUUCAUCACAACAACAUACAACUAUUCAUCAUUCUCAUUCUUUGUCGGCUCCACAACAAUUAUCAGCUCCUUCUUCAGUUGGUCCAUCUCUUUCUCAAAGUGCUCGUGCUUCUCCAGUAAGACAACCUUUAUCAACUUCAACAGCUGCUCCAACAACUGCUCUCAAUACCACUCAUACUUCUGCUGAAUUAGCCGUACCUUCUUCUUCAAAUAAUAAUUCUUCUUCUGCCACUGGUCAUAUGUCAGCUUCUUCCACUCUUGCUUCACUUCCUCAUCCUCUUUCUUCCUCAACUACUGCUAGUGGUAUUGGUAAUUCUUCUUCAAAUAAUAAUCCUGGUAUUGGAAGUAGUCUUCUUCAUAAUAAUCAUCAUCCAACUAUUGCUACUGCAGCUAAUAGUUUUAUUGAACCUUCCCAUAAUCAUCAUAACAGUAUUCCAUCAAAUCCAGCUUCUGCAUCAACUUCAUUUUUUUAUCCAAGUCAUUAUCAAAAUUCUGUUUAUGGAUCGUCAUCUUCAGAUCCUCCUUAUGCAUUUACAUCAUCUUUCAAUAAUAAUAAUAACAAUAAUAAUUCUGGUGGGAAUUCAAUGUUAGAAUCAAAUCUUUAUCAGUCAUUCACUUAUCCAAGAAUUUCAUCUCAUUCAACUUCAAAUACUACUCACCCCAAUUAUUAUGAACCAAAUAAAUAUAAACAUUCAAAAAAUAAUUUAUCAAUCUCAUCUCAUUUUAACUUUAUUAAUCUUAAUGAUAAUCAAGGACCAACGUCUAAUUUAGGUACUUCAUCUUUAGGUAAUACCAAUAGUUUUGCAUCUCCCUCGGUGAUAACCGAUCCUAAAAGAUAUGGAUCAGCAUUACCACCAACCUUGCCACCAGCACCUCCACCACAAUCAACUGCUAAUAUUAUAAAUGAAUUAAUUAUGAAUUUAGCAUCAGUUGAUGGAUCAAAUAUCAAUAAUUAUUUAUUGACCAUUUUAUACAAAUUAAAUUUCCCAUUACCAAUUGAUGAUUUUUAUAAUUUAUUAUAUAAUAAUGAUAAAUUAGCAUCAUUAAUGCAAAUCACCCUUCCUCAAAAAAUUGAUAAAACUUUAAUUAAUUCCACAAUUCCAAAUGCAUCAGUUGAUGUAAUUAAUCAAUUAUUAAAUGUCUUCAAAAAACCAGAUUCAUUAGGAAAUUUUUAUCCAAAUUUAAUUAAUAAAGAAAAUAAAUUAAUGAAUAUUAAUUAUCAUGAAUUAUUAAGAACUUUUUUGGCUAUUAAAAUUUUAUUUGAUAUUUUAAUUCAAAUUCCAAUGAAUUCUCCAGAUGAACCCCAAAAUUAUACAAUUCCAAGAUUAUCAAUUUAUAAAACAUAUUAUAUUAUAUGUCAAAAAUUAAUUUUGCAAUAUCCAAGUUCUUCAAAUACAACUAAUGAACAACAAAAAUUAAUUUUAGGUCAAUCAAAAUUAGGGAAACUUAUUAAAUUAGUUUAUCCUAAUUUAAUGAUUAAAAGAUUAGGAAGUAGAGGGGAAUCUAAAUAUAAUUAUUUGGGAGUCAUUUGGAAUGAUAACAUUGUUAAUGAAGAAGUUAAAGAUUUAUGUAAUAAUAAUGAAUUACUUGAUUUAAAUGAUAUCUUUAAUGGACAACGUAAACAACAACAACAACAACAACAACAACAUCCUCAUCUUCAUCAUCAUAGCCACCAUAGAAGAAAAUCAUCGAGAAUUUCUGUUUCAAGUUCAAGAAGAAAAAGAAGUUUUGAUGAUACUAAUCAACUGGAAUCAAUUGUCAGUCCUGAAUUAUCAUUUAUUCAAUCAACUAAUAAAUUCCCAAGUAAUAUUGAAUUUACCGUUUUAUCAACUAUAAAUGAUCAUAAUAAAUCUGGAGAUCCAAAUUCAAAUUGGUUUGAUCUUGCCAAAUUUAAAAUUUAUUCCAAGUUAAGUCAAUAUAAUAUAACUUUUGUUACUAUUGAAGAUGUUUUUUUGAAUAAUGUGAAUAUGUUGGAAAAGGACAGUUUACUUAAAAAUUUAUUUAGUAGAAUAAUUCAUCCAUUAGUUGAAUCAGUUGCAAUUAGCAGUGAGAGCAAUGAUGGAGAAAUUUCUGAAGAACAUCAAAAUGUUGAUCUUAAUUUAUAUUUAAUUAUAAUAAUUGAACUUUUACCAUAUUUAUUAUUAAUUAAAUCAUCAACAGAAAUUAAUUUUUUGAAGAAUUUAAGAUAUAAUUUAUUAUAUCUAAUUAGUAAUUUAGAAGGUGAAUUAUCAAGAAUUGAUGAAAAUGAAGUAUUCAGUCAUAAAAAUUCAUCAAUUUUUUUACUUAUUUUGAAAAAAUUAAUUAAUUUAAAUGAUUUAUUGAUUACUUUUAUAAAAUUAAUUAUAAAAGAUAAUUCAGUUAAUAAAUCUGCAAUGGCGGUUGAUAUUGAAAAUUUUUUCGUUGAUGCAAAUAUGAGUAAAAAACCUUAUGAUAAUUCAAGAAAUUCGUCCGUUUCUGAUGAUCUUCUGGGAAGAUCUUCAGUUUCAUCAAGUUCAGCCACAUUAACUUCAAAUAGAAUUGAAGAUCAUUAUCAAGAUCCAUUCAACAUGAAUUUUAAAAAUAUUUUAUCAAGUGAUUUAAUCUAUACUUUAAUUGGAUAUAAUUUUGAUCCAACUUUGAAUAAUGAACUAAAAUCAUCAAUUUCUCUGUAUUUUAUCAAUCAAGAAAUUAAUUUAAUUGAUAAUUUUUUCAAAAAGGAUUUAUUAAACUUUUUAACAAAUGAUAAUGAAACUAUAGGUAAUGAAAUUGAGUCGGAUAUUGCUGAUGAAAUUCAUAAAGAUUCAAUGAUUCUUUCAGCAAAAGAAUUGAAAAAAUUAAAUUCUUUAAUUUAUUUAAUUGAUACCAAAUUAUUAUCAGAAAAUUUUAAAUCAAAAUAUCCAAUUUUAGUCUAUAAUAAUUAUAUUAAUUUCAUCUUGAAUGACUUACUAAAGUACAUUUUCAUCAAACAACAACAACAAAUUAGUUCCCAAUCUUCUCAAGAUAAUAAAAAUAGUUUUGGUAAUUGGUGGGUUUUCAAUUCGUUCAUACAAGAAUAUCUUAGUCUUCUAGGUGAAAUAGUCGGCUUAAGUGAUUUAUUGUGA